AUGCUUUCAUACGAACUGGCAGAAUAUAGAUUCACAAAAGAGAUCGGGAGAGGAAACUUUUCGCGGGUGUACAGGGUGCAGAGGAUCGCCGACGGAGAGCACUACGCGCUGAAGCGAUCGACACUUCCAAAGAAAAAUCAAAAGAAAGCUGCUGAAUACUUGCUCAACGAAAUUAGGGUGCAGCUCAGCUUUGACAGCCCUUUCAUAGUCAAAAUGUACGACUGCUUUUUCGAUUCCAUCUCUAACAGCAUCAUCACUGUCAGCGAGCUGAUGACCGGCGGCGAUCUCAGUCACUUCGUCGAGUCGCACCAACAUUGUCAGGACCAGCAGCACGUCAAAAUCACGGACCUCAACACCGCCUUCAUCAACAAGAGUCACCAUAAAGAGGGGCAGUCGAUGGCCUCCACCAAGGCCGGCACUCCUCUCUACCUCUCGCCUGAAAUCUUCAUGGGGGAGAAGUACGACAGUAAGACUGAUAUCUGGUCUCUGGGGGUGCUGCUCUACGAGAUGUGCAACUUCCACAUGCCUUUCAGCGGGUUCACGCUUGAGCAGGUAUCGGCCAAAGUGAUCAACGGUCGGGAUCUGAGGCCCACCGCCUCUCAGCUGCUGGCUCGGCCGUACAUGAAAAUGAAAACGAAGGGGGACUCCAGCAAACCCAACGUCUCAGGUGAUAACAAAGAAAAUCAGAUGCUCAUCAAGACCAUCAGAAUGCCCACGGCUCUGCUGAAGGAGAGCUUCAGCACUGCCCGGCUGAAAGAGGUGGAGGCGACGAACUCGCGGCUGCAGGGGGAGCAGGACGAGCUGCGGCGGACGGUGCUGCGGCAGGCCGAGAAGAUCAUGUACCUGACAGGGUGCGUCCGUUACCAGCUGUACUCGAUGAGCGAGGAGCAGAAGGAUGCCCUCAUUUCCCAGCUCAAGGAGGAGCUCAUGACCCUCCGCCAGGGCGAGAAGGAGCAGGACGACCUUUCUUAUGAACUCAAAGCCCUCGAAAAAAAGUUUGAGGCUGCUCUUGAUGAAAAGAAUAGGGCCGAGCGCGAGAUGCGCCGCGAGCUGGAGAACGAGAACCGCUCGAUCAUGAAGGUCAAGCGCGAGAUCGAGGACCUCAAGAGCGACAUCAACCACAUCAACAGCAACCUCAGCGAGAUCAACGCCGAUAAUCAGUCGCUCAAGGAGAUGUCCGAAUUUCGGACCAGAGAAAUCGAAAAGCUGAAGAACGUGGCGGCGGCCAAGGAGGAGAAGGCCAAGCUCGACGAGGCCAUCGCCGAGCUUAAGAAAAAGAUGGAGGAGAGUUCCGCCAAGGCCAAGUCCCUCGAAAAGGAAAUCCGCGAGGCAGAACUGGAAAACGCCAAGCUCGAGAAGAACCUGAUGUACUGCCAGAAGGAGUACGAGAUGCUGGCCAAAGAGUGCAAGAAGAAAGCUGAGCUCAUCAAGCAAUCCGAAGAAAGGCAGGCCGACCACGAGAGGAAGAUCAAGGAACUCGAAGAGGAGAAGAAAGCUCUGGAGGCCAAGUGCAAGGAGAGUAAGGAAGCCGCUGAGGCCUGCGAGCAGAAGUACAAAGACGAAAUUGACCGGGGCAAGGCCCUGGCUGACAAGAUCCAGUCGCUCGAAGGGUCCAUCCGCGGCAAGGAGGCCCAGAUUGAAGAGCUCAAGAAUUCGAUCGAGGUCAACAAGCAAAGGGUGGCAAUUCUGGGUCAGGAGGCCAAGGCUCUCGAGAGCGAGAUCGAGAAGAAUUUGGACAUCACCGCCGAGCUUGAGAGCCUCCACAAAGAUGCUUGA